AACAAGACUUUCCGAGAUGAUCCGAUGGUGAACAGAGGUCCUUCAUGCAGCCGCGGCUCCUGAUCGUGGGGAAAAUCACGCUGUAAUUACGAACUUAAAUGAGCAUUUCAACUUCUGCUUGUGUUAUUGCUUCAUUCAGAAACAUCAUGGGACGUGUUUUUAUUGCUGAUUUGUAUUAUUGCUCCUGAAUCUUAUUCAGCAGAAGAAGUCAUGCUGAUCACCUCUGUGGUUUGGUCUGUCUCACAUCCAUGGGGAACAUUUCUGUGUGGAGAGUCAGAUCGGGAACGUCACCCACAAGGGCCACACAACAGUUUCCAUCUUUUAAGUUGUGGAAUUGUGCUGCGUGUCCUGCGAGGAGAAAUCCAGAUACAGAGGUUAUGGCUGGCUCACCUGAGAACAAUUUGGUGCACAGUGUGCAGCCAUUCUCCGUGUGACGCUGUGUACAGACGGAGACACUGAGUGAAUGUAAGAUGCACCAAACACACAUCAUUGUGUUGUAGACACAGAGAGGUGAGUGAAGUUAAAUACUGGCCCUCCCAAGUGGUGAUCACCCUAGAUGAGAGGGAUUCCAGACUGUUUUUUCGUCCUCUUUGUCUGUAGGAGUUUCCUGUCAGCCACCUGAACCUAUCUUGAUCAGCUCCCACUGAAACUCUGAGCCUCUUCACCUCUGACUCUUCUUACUCUGCUCCUGGUCUUCAUGUCAGAGCUACAGUCUCUGUCUCUAACCUGUCCAUCAUGGCAGGUCUCACUCUCCUUCAGAUACGCACUGCUCAACACAGAACGGCACUGAAGGCGAUUCUGCAGCAUUUCCUUGAAAAUAUGGUGAAUUACUGUGGUGUUUUGGCUGUACGAAUCGUUCCGAUCGUGAAAAACAUUGGGAAUUUUAUCGACUUCCAAAAGUUAUUACAAAUCAAGGAGAACGAUGCCAGAAGUUGUUAGAAGACAGGAGGCGCUUGUGGGUCUCUCUCUUUUUUUUGCGUUUUCCAUUGCAAUUCAUUCUCAGUCUAUGGGGGUGUUUACAAAGAGUAUCUCCAACAUGUUGGCGUCCGGGUUGGAUGACACGCCGUGAAAACCCUCGAUAGAGAUUCCCUUUCACUCAAGCUCACACCCUUCUAUCUCUGAUCACCCCUGACAGUCGCCUCCACCUCUUCCGCACUGCCUGCACUCUCCUCUUCGCCUUAAGCUUGCUGAUACAACACUUUCUCGAACAGCUGUAAUAGUCUUGGCUGUGUCUGUGACUGAUUCAAGUAGACUUGUAUAUGAGUGAAGUGAAGUGAUGAGUGAAGUGGGGAUGCUUAUGCGCCAGCACAUGCAAUAGCAGGAGACUGGUGUGGAGUGGGCGUGAAGAGCCAGGUGAAGGGAGCAGAAAGGACUCGCAGCUAAGUUAAAUGGACAAACCACAAUCUCCUGUCUGUCUGGGAACUGUGCAAAACUCUUUCAGACUUUCAUUCAAACCCGAAAAUAUGUCUCAUCAACUCGGUCCAGAGUGUGUUGCAAGACAUUUUGCAACCAGUAUAUCCUUCAAAGAUCCGGACUAGAAGUUGUUGUGCUUGGCUUUCCAGUCUUGGAAAAGUCAUUUUCAAAUGUGCAAAGUGGAUAGGUAGAUUUACAGCUCUGGUUGCGGGGCAGUCCCGCAGCUGUACUUCAUCCGUGCUCAGAUCCCUGUCCAGGCACAGGGGACAUCAGAUGGCGUUAAGACCAGUGGGGAGCUGGAAGGUCAGUGAAUACUGAGAGACGUGUCUGCGGGGGAGACACGCCAUUGCUUAAAUGUCACACUCGGGCUAGUGACCUGACAUUGGGGUUAACCAAGUGUCGUCAUCGAGUGUGGGUGAAAAAUCCAUCUUUCUGUCUCUCAUCCAUCUAUCCAGCCACCCAUCCAUCUAUCUCUACGAUUGCGCACAUUGAUGUGAGCAGCAGCCUGGUUUCACGACCUGACAGGAAUGUGAAUGUCAGGAGCAUCAGAGUACUGUAGCCAGCAUGUAUGAGGACAGUGAGACAGUGGUGCUGCGGGAGUGACAUGGCAUAGGUUUCCAUUCAGGAUCAAUGUUGAGCUCCUUCCUGGAAGCUGCUGCGAUACGCAGGCUGACGGUUUGUGAUGAGUCUCCAUGGACCAUGGUGUUAGGCGAUGAUAUAGUGAUCUGUAGUGAGUGCAAAGGUAAGAUAAGGAGCAGCUGGAGAGAAGGAGAAGAGGAAUGAAGCUCAGUAGAACAAGACAAUGCAUGAGAGUAAAUGUGGGGGAGGAGGAAGAGUAGAGAACGCAGGGGGUGGAGGAGGAAGACUUGACGUGGCAAGCCCUGAGGAGAAAUGCUGCAAGAAGAACACUGUAAUGUCUUUACUGGAGAAUUCAGCCCAGUGCCGUGCGGCUUUCAGUGUUUGUGUCUGUGAAAUUGUCCAUCUGUACGUGUCAUUUGGCUUUUCAUCAAAGCGUUUGUACGUGUGAGCAUGUGUGACCACAACCGUGACAGCACACACCAUGUCCACACACAUAUGCUCUGCUUUCUGUCAGGGAACACAUGGCUGCACCACAACACAAAGGAGAUUGUGUUGCCACAGUGUCUUGUUCGCACACUCCCACACACAGACACAAACACACUCUGGCAGACUCUUACAGAGGAGGGCAGACAGCUACUGCAAUGCAGAAUCGAGCUUCCCUCGACCGCUGAGUGGGAGACACUGUGUGGGCGGACUGGAGAUCCCUCACUCCGCUCCGUCUUGUUCCUGCUUAUUUUAUUGCUCCGUUUCUUAAUGUGCAGGGCAGUGGGUCACAUUAACAGGUUGUAGUUUCAUAAGCCGUGAUUAGAUAAUGGCUCAGUAGGGAGGUGGAAAUACUUAUACUGCUGAGUAUUGGAGGGAUGUGAUUCAGUUCUGACACUUUUCACAGCAAAAUCAUGCGUCAAAAACAUCAUUGCAACAUCAUCAACUAAUAAUUUAAAAGAGAACGUCUCUAGCUCUAACUGAGAAAUGCGCUGAUGCAGUUAAUAGCCUCGCCCACCUUGUGAUUUGCUUUUUCUUUACUCAGCAAUGUUGCUCUUCAAGUAUGUUGAACGUACAGAGUGCAAUGACUUCAAUCGGACAGCAGGGGGCAGUUGCGGUACGUAGCGUGCCGCUAGACGCUGGAGGCUAGAAGAAGAGAACUCGGCCAUCGAGUGACUCAGAAAACCGUCAAAACGUUGGGAGUUUGCCAAGGAGCGAGAGAGAGUGGAGAAGAGGCAGGAGUUCUUAAAGCUGCGCAGACAGCAGCAAAUAGAAAGAGAAUUAACAGGCUACCUGGAGUGGAUAUGUAAAGCAGAGGAGGUCAUGCUGGCUGAGGAGGACAAGAAUGCAGAGGAAAAAUCCCAAGAUGGAGCCUGGUACAAGAGGAAACACCCAAAUUCUGUGCUGAAAAGAAGCAAGAAGAGCAAGAAUGACCUCAUCAAUGCAGAAGAAGGCGAGGACCACUUCACUGACAUCUCGUCUGUUGCCCCCCCAGGGUCGCCGUUCGCCCGGGCCAGUGUGAAGAGCAAGAACGAGAACUCGUCCUACUUCAAGAGAAAAGAGAAGAGGAUGCGCUUCACCAUCCGCAGACUGGUCAAGUCUCAGAGCUUCUACUGGACCGUGCUGUGUCUGGUGGGCCUCAACACACUGUGCGUGGCCAUCGUUCACUACGACCAACCCGAGUGGCUCACCAACGCCCUCUAUCUGGCUGAGUUUGUGUUUCUGGGCUUGUUUCUGGCCGAGAUGUCCAUGAAGAUGUACGGCUUGGGACCCCAGAACUACUUCCACUCCUCGUUUAACUGCUUCGACUUUGGGGUGAUCAUUGGCAGCAUCUUCGAGGUCGUCUGGGCCGCCAUGAAACCUGGAGCCUCGUUUGGGAUCAGUGUCUUGCGAGCUCUGAGGCUCCUUCGGAUCUUCAAAGUUACGAAGUACUGGAACUCUCUCAGGAACCUGGUGGUUUCUUUGCUCAACUCCAUGAAAUCCAUCAUCAGUUUGCUGUUCCUCCUCUUCCUCUUCAUCGUGGUCUUUGCUCUCCUGGGCAUGCAGCUGUUUGGUGGCCAGUUUAAUUUUGAAGAUGAAACGCCGACAACCAACUUUGACACAUUCCCAGCUGCCAUCCUCACUGUCUUCCAGAUCCUGACUGGGGAGGACUGGAACGCUGUCAUGUACCAUGGCAUCGAAUCUCAGGGGGGCGUCCACGGCGGGAUGUUCUCCUCCAUCUAUUUCAUCGUUCUGACACUCUUCGGAAACUACACCCUGCUCAAUGUCUUCUUGGCCAUCGCUGUCGAUAAUCUGGCGAACGCUCAGGAGCUCACCAAGGAUGAAGAGGAACAGGAAGAGGCCAUCAACAAGAAGCUUGCUCUGCAGAAGGCGAAGGAGGUGAAGGAGGUCAGCCCCAUGUCAGCUGCCAACAUCUCCAUCACAGCGAGUUAUGUCUGCACCCCAGUCCAUCACUACCUGAGCAAAGAGCAGCAGAAGUCCCUGAAGACCAUGUCGGUUUGGGAGCAGAGGGCCAACCAGCUGCGGAGACAGAACCUGGCCAGCUGCGAGGCUCUUUAUAAUGAACUGGAACCACAGGAACGUGAGCGCCUGUCCUCGGCUCUCAACAUCAGGCCGGACAUGAAGACGCAUCUCGACAGGCCGCUGGUUGUUGAGCCCCGAGACGGGUCCCUGCUCCAUCAGGUCGGAACCACUGCCGACCCAAACUCAGGUCCCAACCCACCCCGCCGACACCACCGCCACAGAGACCGCAACAGAACCAGAGAUGAGACCAAUAAUGAGAGUGGUAAGAGCGGCAGACACCACGUCCACCACAGCCGCUCCAAAGAUCACGUCAGCAGCCGGAGCCGAGACAAGAAGAGCGAGCGCUCCCACAGUCGGGAAGGCGGCAAGAAGCGCCACCACCAAGGUCCCGGGGAUGAGUGCGGAGGGGGUGAACACCGGCACCAUCACUCGCACAAGCAGUCCAGAGAAGGCAAUGGGACGGUGAACAGUGGAGGUCGAGGGGAGCGGAGGUCACACCACAAAGAGGGCCGUUCGUGCAGCAGAGAGGAAGAUGGCAGCUCCAGAGGAGAGAGCGGGAGGCACUGGAAUAACGGUUCCAGAGGGUGCUUGUCCCACGAAGGGGAGGAGUCCAACGAUCGUGAUGGGAGCAACCUGCUCAAGGAUGGAUGUGAUGGAGAUUCCCUCGCCGUCAGCCCACAGCAGUGCCCAGCUGAGUACAGGUGGCCACUGGACCAGGCUGGUCAGAGCUCUUCCCUCAUCCCUCCUGUGACCAUCACGUCUCCUCCAGGAGAGACCACGCUCAUCCAGAUGAACAGCAUCGACAGCGAGACGAUGCCCAUGAACGAGAAAGCCUUGGAGGACUUCACUCAGAGUGGACCCAAACCCAUCCUGCCCUACAGUUCCAUGUUCAUCUUUGGACAGACCAACCCUGUCAGGAGAUUGUGCCACUACAUUGUCACGCUGCGCUACUUUGAAAUGUCCAUCCUGGUGGUCAUUGCUAUGAGCAGCAUUGCUUUGGCGGCAGAAGACCCCGUGUGGACCAACGCUCCCCGGAACCAAGUGCUGAAAUACCUGGACUAUGCCUUUACAGGAGUGUUCACGUUUGAAAUGGUUAUCAAGAUGGUGGACUUGGGCCUGCUGCUUCAUCCAGGAUCCUACUUCAGGGACCUGUGGAACAUUCUGGACUUUAUAGUUGUCAGUGGAGCUCUGGUGGCGUUUGCUUUUUCGAGCUUCAUGGGGGGGACCAAAGGCAAAGACAUCAGCACCAUCAAGUCUCUGAGGGUCCUGCGGGUGCUCAGACCACUGAAGACCAUCAAACGUCUGCCCAAACUCAAGGCUGUGUUCGACUGCGUGGUCAAUUCCUUGAAGAACGUGCUGAACAUCCUCAUCGUCUACAUCCUCUUCAUGUUCAUCUUCGCCGUCAUUGCUGUGCAGCUCUUCAAGGGAAAGUUCUUCUACUGCACGGAUGAGUCCAAGGGUCUGGAGAAGGACUGCAAAGGUCAGUUCCUGGACUAUGACAAAGACGAGGUGGCAGCCAUGCCCCGUGAGUGGAAGAAGUAUGAGUUCCACUACGACAACGUGCUGUGGGCCUUUCUCACGCUCUUCACCGUGUCGACUGGCGAGGGCUGGCCCACAGUCUUGAAACAUUCUGUGGACGCCACAUUUGAAGACGAGGGUCCCAGUCCAGGCUACCGAAUAGAGAUGUCCAUCUUCUACGUGGUCUACUUCGUGGUCUUCCCCUUUUUCUUUGUCAACAUCUUCGUAGCUCUGAUCAUCAUCACUUUCCAGGAGCAGGGAGACAAAGCUCUGUCCGAGUGCAGCCUGGAGAAGAACGAGCGAGCGUGUAUUGACUUUGCCAUCAACGCCAAGCCUCUGACCCGCUACAUGCCCGAGAACACCCAGUCCUUCCAGUACCGGAUGUGGAGGUUUGUGGUGUCUGCCCCGUUCGAGUACUCCAUCAUGUUCAUGAUCGCCCUCAACACCGUGGUGCUCAUGAUGAAGUUCCAUGGAGCUCCAGAUUUUUAUGAAGCAAUGCUCAAGAACCUCAACAUCGUCUUCACCACUCUCUUCUCUCUGGAAUGCAUCCUCAAGAUCAUCGCUUUUGGCCCUCUGAACUACCUGAAAGACGCAUGGAACGUGUUCGACUUUGUCACCGUGCUUGGCAGCAUCACCGACAUCCUGGUGACGGAGAUCAAUGACCGACUGCUGAACUUGAGCUUCCUGAGACUCUUCAGAGCAGCUCGACUCAUUAAGUUGCUGAGACAGGGUUACACCAUCCGUAUCCUUCUGUGGACCUUCGUCCAGUCCUUUAAGGCGCUGCCCUAUGUCUGCCUGCUGAUCGCCAUGCUGUUCUUUAUCUACGCCAUCAUCGGGAUGCAGGUGUUUGGAAAUAUUGAGAUGAACGAGGACACAGCCAUUAAUCACCACAACAACUUCCGCACCUUUCUGCAAGCGCUGAUGCUCUUGUUCAGGAGUGCGACGGGCGAGGCGUGGCACGAGAUCAUGCUGUCGUGUCUGAGUCACCGAGGCUGCGAUGAGCAGUCGGGGACCCAAGGAAAAGAGUGUGGCAGCGACUUCGCCUACUUCUAUUUUGUCUCCUUCAUCUUCCUCUGCUCCUUCCUGAUGCUGAACCUGUUUGUAGCCGUCAUCAUGGACAACUUCGAGUACCUGACCAGGGACUCCUCAAUUUUGGGACCGCAUCACCUGGAUGAGUUCAUCCGGGUCUGGGCUGAGUACGAUCCUGCUGCCUGUGGCCGUAUCAAGUACCUCGAUAUGUAUCAGAUGCUGCUCCACAUGUCCCCACCCUUAGGUUUGGGGAAGAAAUGUCCACCGAGAGUCGCCUACAAGCGCCUCGUCAAGAUGAACAUGCCCAUCGCUGACGACAACACGGUCCACUUCACGUCCACACUGAUGGCCCUGAUCCGCACGGCUCUGGAGAUCAAACUGGCCUCAGGCAUGGUGGCACAGAGGUUGUCUGACGCCGAGCUAAAAAAGGAGCUGUCCACCGUGUGGCCCAGUCUGUCUCAGAAGACCAUGGACCUGCUGGUGACGCCACACAAACCCAACGAGCUGACGGUGGGAAAGGUCUACGCUGCUCUGAUGAUCUUCGAUUACUACAAGCAGAACCGUAUCAGGAGGCUCCAACUGCAGCAGCAGCAACAGAGCGCCUCGGGCUCUCAGUGCAAGGUCGGGGCUCUUUUUAAGCCAUUGCUGCCUCUGACUCACAUGCAGGAGAAGGACCUGCCCAUGAUGCUGAACAGCGUCAAGCCCCCGAGCAUCCUCCAGCCCAACAAGCCCCAGCCCGGGUCCCGACUCAGCUCCAACUCGCUCAACAACAGAGCCACAGUGCCAACUUAUGAGAACAGCAUCAAGGCAUCCUCCUCCUGGGUGAUGGAAAAACCCAAGGAGGUCUCCGGGAUCAGGGGCAAAAAGAAUUCAUCCAGAGGUCCGUCUGAGGAGAACCCUGACUCGACAGCACUCCAGGAAUCUGUUGAGAUGACACACAUGGAACUGAGUGUCAGCAGUACUGAUCCAGUUCAAGGCUCUGGGCUGGAGAAUCAGGGUCGAGCAGCAUCAAUGCCACGACUCAACAUUGAACUGCAGCGGAGCUUCUCCAGAAACUCUCCAGGGAACCACCUCGCUUCUGCCGCAGACACCAGCCCCAUGAAGCGAUCAGCUUCCACUAUGGCCUCACAGCGCCCUCAAGAGGUCAACCUGUGGGACUACAGCCUUGAAAAACCCACCCACACAGAACGGCCACACCACCACCACCACCACCACCAUCACCAUCACCACCACCGCUGCCACCACCGCAGAGACCGGGACCGAGACAGAGAGAAGAAGCAGAGGUCUUUGGACACCCCUGUGGGGGGGACGCAGUCCACUCCUGCUGGGGCUGUCGGAGAAACUGGUCCUGACCCAGCUUCCUCCCGAGAACGUGGCCACGAGCGAGGACGCUCCCAUGAGAGGAAACAUCACCACUCCUCCGUGGACAAGCAGCGCUACUACUCCUGCGACCGCUACUGCAGCCGGGAACACUGCCACACGAAGUCUGCCACCACCAGCUGUGCCGCCUCUCCCAGCGAGGGCCAGGACCCCAGCAAUAAGCAGGGCAGUGGUUGGGUUAAAGGCAGCACAGUGGCAUUGAGCUCCACUUGUAGCUCGCCCAGUCGUGGACGUCGACAGCUCCCUCAGACCCCGCUGACACCUCGCCCCGGGGUGGCCUACAAGACUGCCAACUCUUCUCCCGUCUGCCACCUGUCCGACCAAGCCUCAGUGAGUCCCGGCCGGCUGAGUCGCGGCCUCUCGGAGCACGCGGCUCUGCGGCACGGCGGCUCUUGUCACUUGCCCUGCUCCGUGACUCGCAUCAGCUCGGAGCCUUUCCUGGCGGCGGGCGGCCCGUACAGCAGCCUCCGCGAGCAGUCGGAUGUCUUCCAGGACGCUGCCUCGCUGUGGCCCAGUCCUCCAGCCAGCCGCUCAUCUCGGACCUCACUGCCUCGCAUCAUGGGAGCUCUGCUGGCUUCACCUCAGCAGAGCAGAGCCCUGCCCAACGGCUACCACUUCAGCUUUGGUCCCGAGGUCAAGGCUCACAGGUAUUACCAAGAGGCAGAGGAAGACGAAUGGUGCUAGCAUGGCUUUAACCUUUUUAAUGCAUCUGUGUGUGUGUGUGACCGAGUGUGUGUGAGUUGAAGACUUUGUUUAUUCCUCUCCAGGAGAACAUCUGAACUGUUGUAGUGAUGGAUACUGAAUGUGGCGUGUCGUCUUUAUCAGGGCAUGUAGCAUUUUCCAAAACAGGAAGUGGACCUUGGAUGGCUGGUGUUGUGUUGAUGCCGCCGUACAGACCCCUCAGCACCAGCAUGUAGGCCUUCAUUCAGCCGCCACUCUGGAAGACUAACCUUCCCAUCUGAAAGACAGAAAAGGCUCAGAUUAAUAUGGUUUUUCUCGUUUCUUCAAAUGGCUUCCCUCAUGUCCAGGUAGUGACUCGAGCAAGUCUCACGUACAGGUGCUGACGGGAAGAGUUGCGUGCUGUAAACGCUCAGCUCCUGAUGUUGUGGAGAAAAGCCCCUCAGCUUCUGUUGGGCCCGACAUCAUGUCAACAAGCCUCCGUCCACAUCCAACAUGUGACAUUGUGUGCCAAGCCAUUGUUUGCCAUCAGGCCAGAAACGAUGCCAGAAGUGGAGCUACGUGUUGGAGACAGGGAUGUCCUCAAACAUGAGCAUCUCAAGAGCAUCUCCACUCACCUCCAUCAUGGUUCGACAGUCUUUCCAGUUCAGAUUUGUGAGGUGAAACAUCUUCUUCCCACCUGGUGACAGCAGAACUGGAUCCUAGUGUUCCACCCAUUGAACUCAGUCCAGAAACCAUGACUCUCCUUCCAUCCAUCCAUCCAUCCACCCACCCAUCCAUUCAUUCGUCCAUCCAUCCAUCCAUUCAUCUAUUCAUUCAUCCAUCCAUUCAUCUAUUCAUUCAUUCAUCCAUCCAUCCAUCCACUCAUCCAUCCAUCGUUCCUUGUGUACUUCUACAGAACUUGCAGGCUGUGGUCCUGUGUAAAUUUCUCUGUAGUAGAACUGCAUGCAGAAGGUUUCCAAAGUUAAGGAGAACCUCACUGAACUGGCCAUCAAUCGUGACGCACGCAGAUCAAGCCUUUAAGGACUGAACUUUCUGUCUCUCACUUCAAAGAAACUGGUGUGGAGAACUUGUGAGAGUCGGUACGGCGGCAUCCAACACCCACCGUCCUGCCAACAGGACGACUGUGACGAGGCAGAUGUUGGUCUGCAGGACGCCGUCGUGUGUUCUGUUUGGUUUUACGGCUCCGUCAUUCCACGAGAUGCAGCAUAUCUUUUGAUGUCAUGAUGAAAACGUCACAUGCAUGAUUGUGAAUGUGUUGUAUUGGAGCAAGAUGUCUGUGGGUUUUUCCCCCUCAUUGUGCGACUGUACCUCUCUUUCUGUAAAUAUGUGUGUCACGUGGUAGCGUUUGUUUUGACCUGCCCACACUUUGCAUUAGUGUCAGGUGUGAUAUUUCUUAUAGACUGAGGUUUGAAGACAAAGUGCCUAUCCUUUUAGAUAAACUGUAGAGAAAAAAGAUGCAACUCUUUUCUAGCCCAUCCGCAUCAGACUGUAUGUAGCUCUGUUGGGAACACGUUGUACAGAAAGCCUUACUUGUGAGCGGAUGUGCUGAGUUCACAACGCUCUUUUGUUUCAGCGGAGUGGCAGGGGCCGGGGCUUUCUCAGCGCUGCGCCUCUUUUUUUAUCUCCAGCGUGGACGCAGCCUUGUGAGCUCCUGUAGCUAGAGGGGCGUGGCGAGCGGCUCGUGAGUCGUGUGGGGGGGUUCCGUUCUUCGCCUUAAUGUUGGCACCACCACGCUGGAGGAGGAUUGUACCAGUUCAGAGAGCUGGUCACACCGUGCACAUGACUUCACUAUGCCUUGUGUCUUUGAUGAUCCGGUCCAAAUCAGGGCUUGAACCUCAUCUGUAGGUUGAACCUUUAAUUUCAUUCAAGUUGAACUGCAUGACUAUUGUUGCGUCUGGUGUUGUGCCAGCGCCUGCUGUCGCUAGCUCUGAACUUGCGUGCAUCGAGUUGUUUUUUUUUGUGGGGGGGGGGUUAAGAGAAUGACUUGUCACAAAGGAAUCAAGUCUGAAACACGGCUGAGCUUUUUAGGAGGGUGAAAGUGUCCUCCUCAUGUGAAACACAUUCCAGCAUCAGGCCUCCAGGUCAAGUCGGCUUAGCUUUGCAACAUGUGUGGAGCCACCUUGAAGCAAUGAGAAGUUUAUGGUGUAGCACAACCUCAUCACAAGCCCAAGGAGCCCCUGGAGUUGGAGGGGUUCCACAGAAUCCAGGCGCGCUUCUGGUAGAGAUGUGGGAUGGCAGGGGUUUGAAAGUGGCUUCUGUGCCUCGAAACAUGGCAGACGUCUUCUGAAGACAUGCACAUUGUCUCCGUCCUCUUUCUGGACUGUCGUGGUUGGGGCUGAGCGCCGUCUGCCUGCUGUCUUGGACUCUGAUUGAGGCCCUUUGGAGCUCGAGCGUGUCGUGUGCCUGCGUGGCCCCCGUGUGUGCGGCGAACCUAUAGAUCCAAAUUUAUUACGGAGACCUUCCAAAAGUGGGCGUGGACUUGUUUUGACUCGCUCUGAACACUUUUAUUGUCCCCGCACCCGUUUCAUGUAGUUGAUGGAGAGAAGUAGCGCUCAGUCGGCGUCACAAUUUCUUUCUUGAAAUUGGAGCUGAUGCAGUGCCAGGUUGAAUCAGCUGCUGCCCCAAUUUUGGGAGCAACUCCCAACUGGUUUUACCAAAACUUCCAUAUCAAAAAAUAAAUGGAAAAAAAUGAACCAACUUAAAUAAGACUGAAUAGUGCCACUCUUCAACAAGUGUUCAACCCAGCGACCUCCUCUUCACAUACAGCGUGAAUUAGCUGGAACCGGUUUUUCACCUGGGUGGAAAGGUCUCUGCCUGGUGAUUUAUCUUGACUCACCUGCUUCUAAUUUGCUCACUAAAUUGUUGUACAGAAGUUCAGCAGAUGGAGGGAAGGAGUAGGAGGUGAAGGAAGCCCAGCAAAGAUCCGUCUGAAGAUGACUGUAGCUUUAAAACUUUCCCGACCAGAGUCCGUUUGCCGCCACAGUUGGUUUCAAACUGGCAAAACUGUGGUGUAAAGCACAAGAUUUCAGAGUGUGUUGCUGCCUUCUAGAUGUGGCCCCGGCCCCUGAGGUCAGAAGGUGAUCAGGUCCACACAGGCUCAUGAGCUUUUAGUUUGAAGCCCUGUGAUUCAGGUGCCUCUCGGUGGGUCACUAGCACUGCACUUGUAGAAGCACUUAGCUGCGGCGCUGCUGGACCAAACCAGGGUCCGGAGUCUGGACGGGAGGAGCCUCGACAUUCACCUCCAACAUGUUUCCCCGAUCGAUGAGUCAGCGUGUUUACGUGAUGAGCGUGUAGCAGCAAGAUGGCGACUGAGGCCUUGACAGACCUGAGACUUGGGCUAUGCAACCCGACAUCCACCGUUUCGUAGCUUUAGGUGCCUCCCUUGGCAGAUUCAGGCUCCAGCGGGAGCGUGACCAAACUGUGUGUUGUUUGAUGUCCAAGGCUUCCACUGACGGUGAGAGCAGUGGGUGGUGGGGAGAGAGGGUCUUCAUGUUGUCACGAGCGCAUACGUGCAUGCCUUCCUCGGAGAAGCUCUUUAGUGUCCGACAAACGCCAGCUGAGGAAUGGCCAAUCUUUUUCCCGAUAGUUGGCUUGGUGAUGUCUUACUUUGAGGCCCCUGCAUCUCCUUCUGCUCGUGACCAAUACUCCUGAACAUUCAAACAGCUCUCUCAGAAGUGAAGACCUAGAUUUGGCUUGGUCUAAGAAAAAGGUACAAAUGUCAAAUGCAUGUUUUACCUGCGUAUGUGCAUGUGGAGACCUUUGCGAUACCAUGUGUUUUUUAUUUGUCACGUUUGAUAUGGACAUGUGGAGGGUUUGUUGAGAGUCCCUUUCUCUUCUAGACAGUAUUGUUCCGCUUCCAUCCUGUGCUGCAGAGCCGAGACAUUCCUUUCCUUCAGGUCUUGGGAUGCAAUGAAAUGAUUGUUUGCCUGAUUUAUUUUUCUCGACUAGACUUUGAAUUCUGCUGUUGUUUCUAUAUUUAACAUUUUGUAUGAAGCAAAGUUUCUUGAAAUAAAAUCUACAAAAUGAAAAAGUGUGUCAAAGGUUAUUUG